AUGAUGUCAAGAAGGUUGCAUUCUCUGGCUAAGAAGGACAUAGUGGACUUAGCGUACAGCCAUAUCGGAGGCAAGUUCGCUGGCAAUCACCUCCAUCCAGCCAUCAUUACCUUACAUGGGGUGUUCGGGGCAAAAGCGCACUUCAAACCACUAGCCAAAAGGCUGGCCUCUGAUUUGAAGACCGAUAUCUAUUCUGUGGACUUAAGAAAUCAUGGUGAUUCUCCUAUAGCAAAGCCUUAUGAUUAUAUAACACUCAGCAAAGACAUUGUGCACUUCAUUAAGACCCAAGUGGGAGCUGAGAGACCUGUGCAGAUGAUAGGAUUUUCAUUGGGUGGUAAAGUGUCGUUGAUUUCAACCCUAUCAGAUGAAUGUAACAUUAGAGGGUGUGUUUCUAUAGAUAUUCCACCAUAUGAAACUCCUGUCCUCGAUCCGAUUCUGCUUGAAAACUAUGACACAAUCUUAAAGAUAAUAAACGGCGAAGAUGGUUAUGUCAUAAAGAAAGGUGAAACAAAUUGGAAGCAUAAAGUCCUGAAUAUUUUCAAGGCUAACAAGUGCAAUUGGAACGAAGGGCUGGCCCGCUACUUUGCAGCUGGGUUUGUCAUGAACCCCGUUAACCAUUCUGUAAAAGACGAAUUCCUUGAGUUCAAACAGCCUCUGAAGUUGAUGCCAGAUUUACUGGAUGAAUUGAAAGCAUGGCCAGACAAAGAAGCAUUUGGCGCCAAUGGUUUCAAUUAUCAAACUCAAAAACCGGUUCUGUUUUGUAAAGCUCUUAAAUCGCCAUUCAUCUCCUCUGAUUAUUCCUUAUUGUCUAAACAAUAUCCUAACUGCACCGUUGAAGAGUUUAACACAUCCCAUAACAUUGCACAUGAAGCUGCAGACCGCUUCUACGAAUCCAUUACUUCUUUCUUUAAAAGGUGUGAGUGA